CGUUGAAACCGGAAGUCAUCUCGCCGGUGGGCGGGGUUUGUUGUGCCACGUUGAUGGACAGCAGUGGGGACGUGGAAUCGUGUCCACCCUGCAGCCGGGACCAGUCUCUCACACAUUUAUCGCACAAACCCACGGAUUUCCUUGAGUUAUUCUAGUCCCUCUGUCUAACGCGCGUGUCUGUGUGUGGAUGAGUCUGAGCGCGACCGCCGGAAACACAACAAGAGAAGGAUGAAGCUAAAAGAAAUCAACCGAACGGCUAUCCAGGCCUGGAGUCCAGCGCAGCAGCACCCCAUCUAUCUGGCAGCAGGUACGUCGGCCCAGCAGCUCGAUGCCACCUUCAGCACCAGUGCGUCUCUGGAGAUCUUUGAACUGGAUCUGGCUGAUCCCUCUUUAGCCAUGAAGUCAUGCGGCUCUCUGUCCUCUCCACACAGAUACCACAAACUAGUCUGGGGUCCACAUGGCAUUGAAGACCAGAGUUCGCCAUCAGGUGUCCUCAUCGCUGGAGGAGAGAAUGGAGACAUCAUCCUGUACGACGCCUCCAAAAUCAUCGCUGGAGACAGUGAAGUCAUCAUUUCCCAGAGCGAGAAACACACGGGACCAGUGAGAGCUCUCGACGUCAACUCGUUUCAGACAAACCUUGUGGCCUCUGGGGGAAAUGAGUCAGAAAUCUACAUCUGGGAUCUGAACAACUUCAGCUCCCCAAUGACGCCAGGACCCAAAACUCAGCCCCUGGAGGACAUCAGCUGUGUUGCGUGGAACAGACAGGUGCAGCACAUCCUGGCCUCGGCCAGUCCCAGCGGAAAAGCUUCAGUCUGGGAUCUGAGGAAGAACGACCUGAUCAUCAAAGUCAGCGAUCACAGCAACAGGAUGCAUUGCUCUGGUCUGGCCUGGAACCCGGAGGUGGCCACUCAGCUGGUUCUGGCGUCUGAAGACGACCGAAUGCCCGUCAUCCAGAUGUGGGACCUGCGCUUUGCCACCUCUCCUCUCAAAGUGCUGGAGAGCCACACGAGAGGUGUCCUGGCCAUCGCCUGGAGUGAAGCAGAUCCAGAGCUGCUCCUGAGCUGUGGGAAAGAUAACCGGAUCCUGUGCUGGAACCCCAACACGGCUGAGGUCCUGUAUGAGCUGCCUACCAGUACUCAGUGGUGUUUUGACAUCCAGUGGUGUCCCAGAAACCCAGCUGUGCUGUCUGCUGCUGCCUUUGAUGGCCACAUCAGCAUCUACUCCAUCAUGGGAGGAAGCAAUGACAACGCCAGUUCUUUACAGGCUGAACAGUUAAGUAGUUCAUUUGGAAAUAUGGAUCCCUUUGGUACGGGGAAGACUCUGCCGCCUUUACAGCUGCCUCAGACCGCCCCGUCCCAGAGCACCGUCACACCUCUCAAGAAACCCCCCAAAUGGAUCCGCAGACCAGUUGGAGCGUCUUUCGCUUUUGGUGGAAAACUAGUCACCCUGGACAACAUCAAGCCAUCGGCCCAACAGCCCCAGCAGACUGCCGCCCAUGUGGUUCAUAUCAGUCAGGUUGUGACCGAAACCGAUUUCCUUGAUCGAUCGAAUCGACUUCAGGAGACGCUAACUGCAGGGAAUUUCCUCGAGUACUGCCAAACCAAGACUGAAGCUGCUCAGAGCGAAUUUGAGAAGACGGUUUGGUCUUUUCUGAAGGUGAACUUUGAAGAAGAUGCACGAGGGAAAUAUCUGGAGCUUUUGGGAUACAAGAAGGAAGAGCUCGCCUUAAAGAUUACAUCAGCGUUAGAAAGCAACUGCAAAUCUGAUGAGGCCGAUGUGGUUGAGAAGAAAAGCCCUGUAGAGGAGGAAGCAGAAGCACCUGACACGGAGACAUCUGACCUAGAUGAGGUUCCUUUUGAAGACGAAGAACCUGCUGUUGAUGAGACGUCCAACACAGAAGAGACUCCAGCUCCUGCGUCAGACGCCAUUAACCUCAAAGUUAGCCAGGAUAUUGAUGGGCUGAUCACACAAGCUCUGCUGACUGGCGAUUAUGAAGCCGCGGUUAACCUCUGUCUGCAUGAUAACCGAAUGGCUGACAGCAUCAUCCUGGCUAUUGCUGGCGGUCCUGAGCUUCUGGCAAAGACUCAGAAGAAAUACUUCAGCAAAACGCAGAGCAAGAUCUCUAAGCUCAUUAGUGCUGUGGUGAUGAAGGACUGGUUGGACAUUUUGGAGACCUGUGACCUGCAGAACUGGAAGGAAGCUCUGGCUGCAGUAAUGACUUACGCAAAGCCAGAGGAGUUCUCCUCGCUAUGUGGUCUGCUGGGCUCCAGGCUGGAGGCCGCUGGGGACGCGGCGCUGCAGGCUCAGGCCUGUCUCUGCUACAUCUGCGCAGGCACCGUAGAGCAGCUGGUGGCCCACUGGGUCAAAGCUCAGGACUCCUGCGGCCCGCUGGCACUGCAGGAGCUGGUUGAGAAGGUGGUGGUCCUGCAGAGAGCUGUGCUGAGAGCUCAGGGUGGUGUUUCUGAUAUGGGUGCCCUGCUGGCAGAGAAGAUGAAUCAGUACGCCAGUCUGCUGGCAUCACAGGGCAGCUUACACACCGCCAUAUCCUACCUGCCCACCAACACUCAACAGGUUUCUGUGCAGCAGUUGCGUGAUCGUUUGAGCAGAGCUCUGGGUCAGCAGCAGCAGCCUGGAGCCGCAGGGACUGGGACGCUUCCCGCCGCUGUACCAGAGCACACAUACACACAACCUCAACCUCCACAGGUCCCCGCGCAGCCCGCUGCACCUCCUCAGUAUUACCAGCAGGGUAGAUCCGCCACUACUGUCACAUCCUGGAGUAACCAAACCCCUACAGCUCUGCCCAGUGUCCCUCACCCGCUGGUGCCUGCCGCUGACCCGCAGAUGGAGUCCACAACUCCAGCCUUUGGUCUUCAGUCUCCAGUGAGUGCGUCCGUCCCUGCCUCCGCUCCAUUUAUGUACUCCCAGCAGUACCAGAACUAUCCUCCCGUUCAGCAGUUCAUACCUGCCGCCGGGACUCCUGGCAUCUAUCAGCCUCUUCCGUACUCUUCUUCUAUGGCCUCUCCUCUUCCUCCUCCAACCUCUUCGUCCUCCUCUGCUGCCGCUGCUGUCUAUCCUCCACAGUUCAUGCAUCCUGCCUCCUCUCAGCCGGCAGCUCCUCCUGUGAUCUCUGGGCCUCCUCAGGGAGGUCAGCCUUUCUCUCCUCCUCCUCUCUCUUCUGGCAUGUCUUUCCAGCACGGCGGGCCCGGGUCGCCCACGGCUUAUCUUCCUCCUCCUCCAGUCGCCAGAGCUCCAGGUACUCAGACUGAACCCGCACUGAUCCCAGCCUCCCAGAGAACAGGAGGAUUAAAUCAAGACAUGGCCUGGUCUUUGGAAGGACCUCAGAAUGGCUGGAACGAUCCUCCAACACUCAACAGAGCACUCAAAAAGAAGAAAGUUCCAGAAAACUUUACUCCUCCAGCACCCAUUACAGCACCCAUCAUGGCCCCUCUAGGAGACCCUCAGUUCCCUGCCAGCCAAACCAUGCAGACCCUUCAAUCACAAAAACAGGGUCCAGAUCAGCCUGUGGGCCCAGCCACCUUCAACCCCAUCCAGCAGCAGCCACUGGGACCCCCGGGCAGAAACCCCAGCAUGCCUCAGGGCAACAUGGAAGGGGCACCUGGAGCACCGAUUGGAGAUCUCAUAAAGCCACUUCAGUCCAUACCAACUGAGAAGAUCACCAAGAAGCCCAUCCCUGAGGAGCACGUUGUUCUGAAGACCACUUUUGAGGGACUGAUCCAGAAAUGCUUGGCUGCCGCUUCAGAUCCGCAAACCAAGAGGAAGUUGGAUGAUGCUCAUAAGAGGCUUGAGUAUCUCUAUGACAAGCUGAGAGAACAAACACUGUCUCCAGCUAUUAUCAGUGGUCUGCACAGUAUGGCCCGCAGCAUCGAGAGUCGCUGCUACACCGACGGACUCAACAUCCACACACACAUCGUGAGCAGCAGCAACUUCAGCGAGACGUCUGCCUUCAUGCCCGUCCUGAAGGUGGUGCUGACACAGGCCAACAAACUGGCUGUUUGAUAUCCAUCUGUAACACACACAAACCAACAAGUAUUCUCAACCCCUCAAGCCAUCUUUCCAGGACCAGAUGUGCAUAUACUUUGCCAGUCUUAACCGAUCUGGUUUACAGCAAUGUUUUUGUUUGUUUAUUUUUUUUGUCACAUGUAUUUUAAUGUUAUUACAUAUUUGUAAUCAUGACAGAGCAGAGUGCAAUAGGGUUUCCCCCUUUUAUGUCCCAAGUUUAAUGGUCAAUUAGAUUCAUAAAAUGAAAUGCUUUUUAGUGAACAAAUAGCAGCAAGCUAAUCGUGUCCAGUCCACCGUGCAUCAUUCUUAAUUUAUGCUAUUCUUUUGGCAUUAUUAUUUCGAUUUUUAAGAUAUCUGAUGUUUACGAUUAUCGCAGCUCCUCUGAAUUUCUGUUUAUUUUCUAGCAAUCCUCUUCGAUUUACGUUAUGCCAUCAUUUCUGCAGAUGAUGUUUGGAUAUGGAAACAAGGUAACAGGAUAAAAUAGUUACAAUUAAUUUCUAUUUGAACAGUUUAUUUGAUUUUAGUAUUUGGCAUUCAUGCAAUUGGAAAUUUGGGAUUAAAUCUUGACGUGUGUUUGUUUCAUAAUUAUGCCGACUGUCUUUAUUGUACAUCACUAAAUGUUUUAGACAUCUUUUCAGAUAAUGGUAAUGGGAUUCUCCUUUUGAAACAAAGGGGGAAAUGAAACCGGAUCCGAUUUGGUAAAAAAAGAAAAAAAAAAGAAAAAAGGGAAUUUUGUUUUUAUUAUUUUUUUUUUUUUUUUUUAAUCACAGUCUGUCUGCUUCGAGCAAUUUUGCAUAUGGCUGCACAAAGGUUUGGAGGCUUGCUCUAAAAAGUUUUUUUAUGCAAUCUGUGUUCUGUUUCAAUAAUUGAGAUUGUACUGUAAAUCUGAUGAUGACUGUUUUGCAGUUUUAUUAAAAACAAAUUGAGACA